GCCGAUAACGUAGCCAUCUUGUAUGUACAUUCGGAUUGUAUAUCAGUUACAAAGCAAUAUUGCUUGAAUUUAAGUAUAGUUUAACAUUGCAAAAACUAUUCAAAUUCAUUAUACAAAUAAUUGAAAUUAAAUACAAUGGGCAUAGCAGACGCAAUGAAUUACAUUCUAUUUACUAACCCAAUUAGUUCUGGAACAUUUUUAUUUCUUAGAGGUACAGCAAGAAUGGCAGGUGAUUACAUGGGCUUAGAACCUAAACAAGAAAUAAAAAUGCCACAGACAGUUCAAUUAUGGAAAUUAUCAUCGGCUUUAGGACCUUACGUCAAACUUGCUGGUCUUAGCGGAGCAAUCGCUGUAUCCUUGGGUGCUUAUGGAGCGCACAACAUUAAUGCAGAAAAAUUUCCAGAACAAGCCAAAAUAUUUGAUACGGCUAAUAGAUAUCACUUUUUUCAUACAUUAGCAUUACUUGGUGCACCUCUUUGCAGAAGGCCAGGAUUGGCCACAAUAUUUUUCCUAAGUGGAAUAAUAAUGUUCAGUGGUAAUUGUUAUUAUAUAGCUUUUACAAAUGAUAAACGUUUUUCAAGAAUGGCUCCAAUUGGUGGUACGUGUCUAAUAUUGGGAUGGUUAUCUUUAAUCUUGUAAAUGUACGAUUAUCUUUUUACUUAUUUAAAUAUCAUAACAUAUAUAUAUAUGUAUAUAUGUUAUGAUAUAUUUUGAGAUGUAAGAACGUAUAUUAAGUUUGUGAUAUUUACUGUUAAAUUAAUUUCUUCUAAUAAACAUAAAAUAAUUGUUUAUAUAAAUAAAAAUGUUUAUAAUAAUA